GUGCCAGCGGCGGUCCUCACCCUGCCUUCUGUUUCUCGUCGCCUGUCACAGCCUUUGAGCAGCGUUCAAGCUCGGACAGACAGCAGUCCAAUCAACGCUGCGGGGGAACUCGUUAGCCGGUCUGGUGUCACUUCCACGCACUGAGAUGCCAGGAAAGUCGCGCUUCAGCAGUAGAGCUCGUCGAGGCUUUCGCUGUGAUUUUUGAGAAGCAUCUCUGUGAAAGAUAGUACAGUUUGUCACCGUUAGCCGGCUGCACAGGUGUGAAAAGUCAGUGUCAUGACUGGAGCUGAGACUGAGGAUGAUAUUCCAUUAGGUGAAAGGAAGACUGUCACAGACUUCUGCUAUCUCCUGGACAAGUCCAAGCAACUCUUCAAUGGGCUACGAGACCUUCCUCAAUAUGGACACAAGCAGUGGCAGUCCUACUUUGGACGGACCUUUGACGUCUACACUAAGCUAUGGAAAUUCCAGCAACAACACAGGCAGGUUCUGGACAGUCGGUAUGGACUGAAGAGAUGGCAGAUUGGUGAAGUUGCAUCCAAAAUUGGACAGCUUUAUUACCACUACUACCUUCGUACCUCAGAAACAAGUUACCUGAAUGAGGCCUUUUCAUUCUACUCAGCCAUUCGUCAGCGCUCCUACUACUUUCAGGUCAACAAAGAGGACAGGCCUGAAUUAGUAGUGAAGAAGCUUCGUUAUUAUGCUCGCUACAUAGUCGUCUGUUUACUUUUAAACAAGAUGGACCUUGUCAAAGUUUUGGUGAAGGAGUUAUCUGAGGAAAUUGAAGACUACACACAGCGUUUCAACACAGAGGACCAGUUGGAGUGGAACCUGGUUCUGCAGGAAGUGGCAGCUUUUAUAGAGGCAGACCCUGUGGUAGUUCUGAACGACAACAAUUCUGUCGUCACCAUCAGCAAUCGGCUACAGGAGGGAAGUGUGCCUCCACUGGAACAAGGCAUGGUGGUUGGGCAGCUCAUCCUUGCUGACGCACUAAUCAUCGGCAACUGUAACAACCAGGUGAAGUUCAGUGAGUUAACCAUAGAUAUGUUCCGCAUGCUUCAAGCUUUGGAGAGGGAACCAGUAAACCUGGCCACACAGACCUCCAAGCAAGGAACGAUGGAACCCAACGAAAAGCCAGCGAAGAGAGAAAACCCUCACAAGUAUUUGCUGUAUAAGCCAACCUUCAGCCAGCUUUUUACUUUCUUGUCUGCCUCUUUUAAGGAGCUACCUGCUAACAGUGUUCUGCUCAUCUACCUGUCAGCUACUGGAGUCUUCCCUACUGGGCAUUCAGAUUAUGAGGGACCAUAUGAUUUUGGAGGAGUUCUCACGAAUACAAAUCGAGAUGUGGUGAAUGGAGAGACGGUGCAGAAGAGGAAUCAGGCCCAGAAGGAAAUGCAUUGCCUUCAUCCAGGAGACUUAUUCCCUUUCACCCGGAAGCCUCUUUUUGUCAUUGUGGAUUCUUCAAACAGCACGGCCUACAAGAAUUUUACAAAUCUAUUUGGCCAGCCCCUGGUGUGCCUACUAUCACCUACGGUAUAUCCCAAGAGUGUACAAGAUCAGUCUCAGCGUGGGAGUCUCUUCACUCUGUUCCUCUACAGUCCGCUCUUGGCUUUCUCCUCCGUGUGUGGCUUAAACAGUGUGCAACGAGGUCUUUGGGAAAGAGCUCAAGAAUUCCUUCGCAAAGUGUACCGUGACAUUGGGCAGAUGCUAACACGAUCGCGGACCAUAGAUCAAGCCUUUUUGCAAUUCUUUGGUGACGAGUUCCUGCGGCUGCUGUUGAUCCGCUUUGUGUUCUGCUCCGCUGCACUGAGACUGCAUAAACUCUUUCGGGAAUCUCAGAGUUUCCCGGAAUCCUAUCCAGAGCUCCCCAAACAGGACACAGUGGAGAGCAGCCUUCUACAGAAGCAUAUUUUGGAGCUGGCGACCAUGCUGGACGUGCAGAGCUUAUUUUGGGAUGAUUCACUGGAAGCCUACUAACAUCUUCACACAGGGCAGUAUGGCGUAUAUGUAAAUACAGACUCCACUGCCAAAGCCCUCAUAGUCAUUUUGUUUUUUAACAGGUAAUGAAAAAAAAAAAAACCCAACAUGCAAGUUCAUGUCCUCCAUGUAAGUGUUAAUGUCAUGCAACAGAAAGAUGUUCACAUUGUUUCUUCUCAUAAAUUCCCCAUUUUGACUCUCAUUGGCUUGCCUGGUAAAUAUGAGCAACAUAAGAGUAAAACAAAUGAGACGCUCCACAUUACCGUUCAGCUUACUAGUUCUUGUUUAUCAGCUUCUAACUUUUUUCAUCACAGCAGACUAUCAUCAAGAUGAUAACAGCCUUGGUUGUGUGUUGUAAAAAGAUUUUUCAUCAUUUAUUAACGUAAAGGAACAAAGAAAGGAAACAUUCUUGGCAGCUUUCAUGUGGUUUUUGAUCCACCUGUAAAAAGACAAGCAUGGUAGAGCUAAAAAUACAUCAGGAAAUGUAACAGUUAUUAUAUGAGCACAUUAUUCACCAAAAAUAUUAUUAGUGCUGGAGUUUUGUGUUUGCCAAACAGCGCUUGGUGUAUCAACUUGCAGCACGCUAAAGGUGCAUGAGGUUUUGUUUCGCCACAUGUUGUGAGUUAGUUGUUUGCUUUCAUAUCAUUAACAAACUAAUUCGGAGACUUUUUUUCAGCCUUGUGUGACGUGAUAGUGCUUUCUUUCCCAUUUCACUGUGCUGUACUUGCAUGCUAAAAAAGGCAAAGACGUGUGUCAGUUAGUUGUUUGCUCCAAAGAGGAUGCUCCACCACACAAAAGAAAUUGUAGAUGUUCAGAUGACAUGGAAUGAGAAAGUAAAGGGAAGUAGUGCAUGUGUUGCAUGGGCCUGUACAGUUUAGUUCAGUCAAUCAGUGAAGACAAUCUAGUGAGAGAUCGGAGAGGUGGUGACCUGUCAGAGGUUCAAAUUGUUGUGCUUUCUGAUAACACAGAUCGUUACUUUUAUUACUGAAAUGGCCAGGCAUCUGUUAUCUUCAUGAUGACAGCAUUAAUGUGUGGCCUGCCACCUAAUCAGAACAUCCUUAGCUGCUUUCUUAUAAAGCACAAGAAAUACCAGUCGUGCUCCUCUCGCUAUGUCCUUAAGUCAUUGUUGUCACCAUACUGGCUGGUGGCUUUUACUCCUUUAAGCUCAAAGAUGGUUCCAGGCAACUUUGCACCGCAGGAAUUCAGGGCUGCCCCAAAAGUUUACUAUGAAUGCCAGUAAAGGAAACCAAAAUAGUCACUGUUUGUUUAUUUAUAAGGAUCCUAUUUAUCAGAUAUUAGAAUCCCUGUUAGCUGUGUCUUAAAGGAAAGCUAAUCUUAGUAACCUACAUUAAUAUCAAAUCCAUAUGAGAACUUGCAUAGCACAGUACUAAAACUUCAUAAAAGCAUACAUAAAUGUAUAAAAAGAGCAAUUUGACAUAUCUGCGAUCAGUUAUAUUAGUGUCUGUUGCAAAUUUUGCACAUUUGUUUGUGCUUUAAAAGCAUUAGACUGCUACCUAUAGACUUUGGCUUUUGUUGUUGAAAUCUUAGAGUUUAACCAGUGAGUGAGUCCACAGUAGGUUGUAAGGGCUGCUAAUGCAGUAGGUUUGUUAGCGAUCCUGAAAACUGUAGCAGUUCAGAAUGAAUACUAAAGAGAAGGCUGCACUAGACCAGCCUGCGAGUUCCUGCAGUGGAAAACCGCCUCCCAUUUGCCAUUAAAUGUUUAAUUCUCAAUUCACAAUCUGUCUCUCACAGAGGCUUGGAGGAAUUUUAGCUCAAUUUUACCUCUAACUUAUUGGUAGCUUUCUUUGUUUGAUUAUUUAAUUGUCUUUUAGAGAAAAUGUUUGAUGUUUUUGGUCACAUUUGAGUAGAUUUUGAAAAUCCUGAAGGAUUCACAAACUGAAAUGCAUUCAUUGUUGAUUUGGUCUUUUUAUGUGAUUAUUUGUGAAUAGAAGUGUGUAUAUAUAUAUAUAGUAUAUAACAUCACCAACCAGUUCCAUUGAAACCUCUAACAUCUAAGAGGUAUUAGCUAAAAAGUAAAAUUGUCUUUAUAUUCAAACUUUCAGUAUUACAUUGGCUAAUAUGCAUGCCUCAUAUCUUCAAUGUAGCGGGGCAGAUGUAAAAGGUCCAAAGGUUUAUCAGGAACUGCUGUCGAUUUAUUCCUGGCAGCAGCAGGGGAAAGUGACUGCACAUGGCUGCUGAAAUUUAACUGCACUUGUUGAAAUGUUGGAAUGAUACAGCAAUGCAAGAAGCAGCUGGUUGAAAUGACUUUUGACUUUUUAGUGUUGAUUUUUUUGUUAUUGCCACCAUUGGAGUGUGCACACAUGAUGUAUAAUAGUGUUGCGCAGAGAUGUGUUUGUUCAGUAUUUUGCCAGACUAUGUAAUCCAUAAUGAAAUAUGAAGUUAAAGCGAGGAGGAGCAACAUGGUAAAGAGGCCAGUUUGUUCUUUGACCAUUUUUCUCUAGUUACAUUCCAGCUUUGCGAGGAUGUGAAGAGAGGCAGAGGACGAGUGUUUUCUCAGUGUUACAUUUGUCUAUGGAAGUCAGCUGUUUCUACAUUUUCUUUUCUUUUUACCGUAAUGUGUUUCCUGUAUUGACAGUUAUGACAUUUAAAAUAUUGUAGGCUUGCACUUUAUGAAAUUUAAUGUUCUUCUGAUCUUGUUAGUUGUUCUUUAGUCCAGAAAUUGAAAAAUGCUUUCAUGUUGUUGUUCUUCAUACCAGCCCUACACACUGGUGACCUUCUUUCUCUUGAAGAGUAAAAGUUACGUGGGUCACUGAUUUUAAACUUUUCAUCUUUUGUCAUAUUUUUAAUAGCAGUUGGCUGUAUUAAGUAGGCAGCAAUAACAUGUCAUUAAAUGUGUGAAAAAGAAUGAGAAAGAUUUCUGUGGUGCUCAAACAUAAUGCUGUUGGUGAGGAUUGCAAUACCAAUGAUGUUUUCUAACACUUUGUAUCAAUGGUACACAGUAAAUCCUCAAACACUGCAUACUGACAAAUUUGUCAGGUACUAUUCCAAAAGUCUUGUUUCUGUGUUGUUAUAACUUCUUACUGUACAUUCAGUUCUCAGAGCUCAAAAGAUCUCUGAAAAGAUUCAACACUUUGGCCUGCUGACACAAAAUUAGCAUUUUUCUAUUGGAAAAUAACCCCAAACACAAACUGCUGCUGCCCUUUCAUCGGAAUUAUAACGACGAAACCUGAUAAAUAAAAGAAACAAAGAACAUAACUUUGAGCUUCUGUUAACCGUUUGUGGAACUUCUGUUUCUGUUGUUCAUGUUCAAAACAUCACCGCAAAUGCAACAUUUGUUAUGUAGCAGCACUUGGAUCAUUGAUGCAAACAGUAUGUAUUAUUUAAAGUUGCCUCUC